AUGACCGAUCCGUCUCCCUCUCAAGAAGCCGGACCAUCAAGGGAAAGAGAAAAUGAGAGGUUGAUAGUGAAAAGGAGGAGGACGGUGAAGGCUCGAUGUCAACGAACGGAUUCGGGCUCGAACAGCACCUGUACGAGAUGUAAUAGAUUAUCAGCUGAAUGUACGACCACCCAACCUCAACGAUCAUUAUCAUUAUCGUCAUCCUACAAUCAUCAUAAGCCUUCUAGCCAUAAAACCAUCGAUGACAAUCAUGGCAAAACCUCCCAUCAUCAUUCAGAUAUUACACCUAGACCUCCCGUCGCUGUGACCAUACAAACAACUUCUCUGCCAGAUACACAACCGAUUCCUCAUAACAGUAUAUCACUCUCAGCGCAUCUAGCUACCGAGCCUCGUAUUUUGGGAUUUACAUCUUUGUCAAGUUUGAGAGACGAAAUUGCUGUGUCAUAUGGGAAAAGGGGAAACGAGCAUGAUCAAAGAGGAGAUGAUAAAGAUAGAGAAAUAGGUGGUGGUAGAGGCUUGAGGAGAGAGAUGAAAUUGAUCGAAAGGGAAUUAAGCUUGAGUGUCAUUGAACAAUUAUUAUCAGAUUUCGCUACUCACGUCUCACCUUUAAAUCCCAUCUUACUGUCCCACGAGAUAUUCUCGCCUGCUCGAAUGUCAGUAGUUACCAUCUCGUCCGUGUGCGCCGUGGCAUCCUUGUCCAGGACGGUACCCACUUCGGUGUUCUUGGCAGCAAAGAAUAGGUUGAUGGAUCUGUUAGAUCAGAGUGAUGUAUUGAAAGUUGCUAGUGUAGCUAACAUCCAGGCGCUACUAAUAGCGACAUCUAAAGCUGAAUUGCUGAUGAAUCAGAGACAGAGUUCAGGUGGUUCAUUGUCUUUUCAAAGAUGUAGCUCGGCUAUACGUAUGGCCCAAGAGUUGGGCUUACACCGCACUGAUAUAGACUUCCCUCCCGACAUCAAUACGAGACGGAGGAGCGCUUGGCGAUCAUGUCUUAUCGCUGACAGAUGGCUGGCAGCUGGGUAUGGUCUACCACAGAUUAUAGAUCUAGAUGAUUGCGAUGAUGUUUCCGUAUCAGAUGAGGAAGAGACCAAUCCUCAGAUAAUGUUGCAGCACGAACUGUACAAUGCGAGCACAUUACUAGGCAGAGUAUUGAAGGAGAUAUACACACCUAAAGUACUCGCUCGGACCAACGACGAUAGGAUCGAAGGAUUGAUCAUGGCGAUCGAUCGCUGUCGGUUUCAUGUCCAUGAGUCCCUUCGUUUCAACCCUGCUCCAGAAGUAGGCAGCGUAGUCUUCGAAUUAUCCAUCCUGACUGUCGAAGCGUUAUUCCUACGAGGCGUGACUAGCACCAAAAUCCGUCGCCCACCUCAUGUAACGUAUAGACCUAGUCCGGGAAGAUGGAGAAGUAUCUCGGAAAGAGCUCAGAAGCUGGUGGUAUGGAUUGAAGAGAGGGGAGAUUGGUUGUUGGAUACUUCAAGGAUAGGGCUGUACGGUCUGACAUUCUGCAGUUUGAUGAUGUUUCGAGAUCAUACCCAAACCCACUCACCAAGCGCUUUGCAAGGUCUAAAAUUAGCGUCCAAAGCUACCACUCGCUGGGCAGAAGGCAAUGGGGAAACCACAUACAUGACGCAGGGAAGGAAAAAUCACGCUCAGAUUAUUAGAACGUUAUACGUAGUGGCGAGAGAUGGAGUCGUGGGAAGGAGUACGGACAACUCAGCAGGAGAAAGAUUACAUGUAGUCUCGCCAUUGGCAGAGGGAAAGAAUCAAUCUACUUCUAUUUCUACGGCAUAUGAGACCCAUAUAUCUCCAACAACGUCAACUACCAGUCCGACAUCGAUCCUCAACCGAAAUACCACUGGCACGAUGCCCUCAGAGCUGGAAGUUGGUCACUCAUUACUACAGCUCACCGAUCCAAGGCGGCCCAUAGAACCACAACAGGAGGAAUCGAAUGAUAGUCAAGACAACACAUUUUCGUUGUACACGGAAUCAUUCCCCUUUUGUGGACUUGGAGCGAAUACCGAAGAAAUGGCUUGGUCAAUGCCCCCUAUGGAUAAUUGGUUAUCUGAGAUCCUAGAAGGUGAGGCAAAUGGAACUGGCUGGACAUUUUGA